AUGGGAGACCGCCAGGAGCAACCAAAGGAGAUCAGCAGUGGUGGCGGUAGCCUCGAGCUGCCUCCAGGGUUCCGCUUCUACCCCAGUGAUGAGGAGAUAAUCACUUUCUACCUCAUGCCCAAGGUGCACCAAAGCAGCUUCACUUGCAACGCCAUGGGAGAGAUUGAUUUUAAUAAGACCGAGCCAUGGGAACUGCCUAAUAAGGCAAAAUUGGGGGAGAAAGAAUGGUACUUCUUCUACAAGAAGGAUCGUAAGUACCCAACUGGGACGAGGGCAAAUCGGGCCACGAAGGAUGGCUACUGGAAGGCCACCGGCAAGGAUAAGGAAAUCUAUAGGGAUGUAGUAGGGCCAGCACUGCCACAACUCAUUGGCAUGAAGAAGACGCUCGAUGAUUGGGUGGUUUGUCGUGUGUUCCACAAGGCCACUGGAAAGAAAAGGACAUCUGCACUGCCACAGUACAACCUGGACACAACUGGUCAUGGGAUUGAUGAAAGAAGCACACCUAUGGCUAUGCCACAACAAUUUCCUAUGCUAUCAGACUUCACAAUGAAUCUACAGGUAUCCUACUACUCGAUCGCUAACGCAAGCUCCUCGUUGGUGUCACCUAUGAUGCCACCGAUGCCAGACAUGGGCAGCAUCGGUAUUCAGAUGAACAACACCCUAUUUAGGGACCUGAUGGCCAUUAUGCCGCCAAUGUCCUACCUCCAGAUGGGCAUGGGAAUAGCAAGCACUGACAACGUCAUGGCUGCACGGAACAAUGGCCUUUCGUCGAUGGUAUCACAAAAUGACAAUGGGAUGAAUCCUGAUCAGACAAUUGCUAUCGAAAUGUCAUACAUGGUGUCUGCAGCCCAAGAGUAUGUGGCCACCAUAGACAUGGAUAGCAUCUGGGAAUAUUGA